AUGAGCAAGAGUAGGACUAUUUUUAAAUCAUUUUAUGCUGCUGAACAGGGAGAAGGUGCAGGCGCUAUUGUUAGGAGAUCAAUUGGCGUCAGGCAGAUGCGAAACUUCACUCCAUUUUUGAUGCUUGAUCACUUCAAUGUAUCAAAAGGUGCUGGAUUUCCAGACCACCCCCACAGAGGACAAGAAACAAUUACUCUUCUAAUGAAAGGAUUCAUGCUACACGAGGAUUUCACAGGUGCCAGCGGUAUUUUAAGACCAGGAGAUCUCCAAUUUAUGACUGCAGGAAAAGGUGCGAUGCAUAGUGAAAUGCCAUAUUCUCCAGAUGGACAAGCAGUUGAAGGCCUGCAACUUUGGGUUGAUUUACCUAAAGAUUUGAAAUAUUCAGAGCCCAGAUACAGGGAUUUAAGGAGUGAGGAGAUUCCAGUUAUUAAGCCAAAUGAAAAAGUCACUGUUAAGGUUAUCAGCGGGAGAUCAUAUGGAACUGAAUCAAUGAAAAACCUUGCUUACACACCAGUUGUAUACUAUGACUUUACAAUUAAAGCUGGUGGCGCAUUUGAACAAGAUGUCCCUGAAGAUUUUAAUGCUUUCAUUUAUCUUUUAGAUGGCAGCUUAGAAUUAAAUGGCGAGUCUCUACAAAAAUUUAGUGCCACAUUCUUUAAUCGAGAUGGAAAAAACAUUAAAGGAACAGUUCCCGAUGGUUCGCAUGACGCUCACUUCGUAUUGAUUGCUGGAAAAGUUCUUGACCAACCAGUUGUCCAAUAUGGACCUUUUGUUGUUUGCUCGAAGGAUGAAGUGUAUCAAACCUUUGAGGAUUAUCAAGAAGCAAAGAAUGGGUUUGAAAGAUCGAAGAACUGGCAUAGUAAAAUAGGAAACGGGGUUACCAAAGAGAUUUUUAAUGAUUUAAUAAGUAAGGUCGGUGGUACCUCAGAGAAAAUGUAUUAA